ACACAAACAAAAAGAAAUGGGAGAGAAGGAGCCAUGCAUAGGCCAUGUCAUAGUCGUCCCCUACCCAAGCCAAGGCCACAUCAACCCCAUCCUUCAAUUCGCUAAGCGCUUGGCCUCCAAGGGUGCCAAGGCUACCAUAGCCACCACCCGUUACACCCUCGCCUCUAUCCGCGUCCCCAACGUCAGAGUCGAAUCCAUAUCCGACGGCUUCGACGACGGCGGCUUCGGCCAGGCCGGCGGCGAACACACCUUCCUCGAGGGCUUCAAGACCCACGGCUCCAGAACGCUCUCCGACCUCAUCCUAAAGUUCCGGUACACGGAAUCUCCGGUGACCUGCGUGGUGUACGACUCGUUUCUGCCGUGGGCUCUCGACGUGGCCAAGAAGCACGGCGCGGUGGGGGCCGCCUUCUUCACGAACUCCGCCGCCGUGUGCUCCAUCUUCUGCCUGAUACACCGGGGGCUGGUGGCGCUCCCGGUGAAGCGGGAAAAGCUGCCGCUGGUGCUGCCGGGAAUGCCGCCCCUGGAGUAUCCGGACUUGCCAAGUUUUGUGAAGCGGCCGGAGAGCCACCCUGCUUACUUGGCCAUGAAGUUGGGGCAGUACUCCAACUUGGAGGGGGCUGAUUGGGUGUUUGCAAACACCUUUGAAGACUUGGAAGGCCAGGAAGCAAAAGGCACAUCAGAGUACUGGCCGGCAGCAUUGGUCGGUCCCAUGGUCCCAUCAGCCUACUUGGAUGGCCAAAUCAAGGGGGACAAGGGAUACGGCGCUAGCCUAUGGAGUCCUUUAAGUGAAGAGUGCCUGGAAUGGCUAGAACAGAGGCCUUCGCACUCAGUGGUGUAUGUAUCCUUCGGCAGCAUGGCUUCCCUAAUGCCCACCCAGAUGGAGGAGAUUGCAUGGGGUUUGAGGGACAGCGGCUUCCCUUUCUUAUGGGUAGUAAAGGAGUCUGAGCGCGCAAAACUGCCCAAAGGCUUCGCCAACUUUGUCAAAGAGAAGGGUCUAAUUGUGACAUGGUGCAACCAGCUAGAAAUGCUGGCUCAUAGGGCUGUGGGGUGUUUCGUGACACAUUGUGGGUGGAACUCCAUACUGGAGGGGUUCAGCACUGGGGUGCCAAUGGUGGCAGUGCCGCAGUGGGCAGACCAAUUUACGAAUGCCAAGUUUGUGGCAGAGAUUUGGGGGGUUGGGGUGAGAGCCAAGGAGGAGGAGGGGGUGGUGAGGAGAGAGCAACUGGUGUUUUGUUUAAAGGACGUGAUGGAAGGAGAGAGGAGCAAGGAGAUAAGGAGGAAUGUAGGUAAAUGGAGGGAGUUGGCUAAGAGGGCAGUUAGUGAUGGAGGGAGCUCUGAUAAGUGUAUUAAUAUAUUUGUUGAGCAUUUGAAGACUACUCAUGCUAAUUGGAAAGGGAAGUAAAGGAAGUACUUAAUAUAGAGAGUGCACAUAAUUAAAUGCAUCUCAAUGCACCUAAUACAACCAAGAGUUGCAAAUAAUUAGUAAUUGGGACGAAGGUCAGCUACUUUGUUGUAAUGAGUUCUUAUAUUUGCAUUAACAUGCAUUUCCGUUGCAAUUUUAAUUUGGUUUGUUAAUUCACAUUUUUACGAGUGAUUUUGCU